AUGGGAGAUGAUGUGUGCGACAGCUGUACGGCUUUGGGUGAUAAUGUGUGCGACAUCUGUACGGCUAUGGGAGAUGAUGUGUGCGACAGCUGUACGGCUAUGGGAGAUGAUGUGUGCGACAGCUGUACGGCUAUGGGAGAUGAUGUGUGCGACAGCUGUACGGCUUUGGGUGAUAAUGUGUGCGACAUCUGUACGGCUAUGGGAGAUGAUGUGUGCGACAGCUGUACGGCUAUGGGAGAUGAUGUGUGCGACAGCUGUACGGCUUUGGGUGAUAAUGUGUGCGACAUCUGUACGGCUAUGGGAGAUGAUGUGUGCGACAGCUGUAGGGCUAUGGGAGAUGAUGUGUGCGACAGCUGUACGGCUAUGGGAGAUGAUGUGUGUGACAUCUGUACGGCUAUGGGAGAUGAUGUGUGCGACAUCUGUACGGCUAUGGGAGAUGAUGUGUGCGACAUCUGUACGGCUAUGGGAGAUGAUGUGUGCGACAUCUGUACGGCUAUGGGAGAUAAUGUGUGCGACAUCUGUACGGCUAUGGGAGAUAAUGUGUGCGACAGCUGUACGGCUUUGGGUGAUAAUGUGGGCGACAUCUGUACGAAUAUGGGAGAUGAUGUGUGCGACAGCUUUACGGCUUUGGGUGAUAAUGUGUGCGACAUCUGUACGGCUAUGGGAGAUGAUGUGUGCGACAGCUGUACGGCUGUGGAGAUAAUGAGUGGGACAGUCGUACGGCUUUGGGUGAUAAUGUGUGCGACAUCUGUACGGCUUUGGGUGAUAAUGUGUGCGACAUCUGUACGGCUAUGA